ACAAUAUCUGACAGCUCGUUUGCUGUCAGAUAUUGUGAAGUGGGAGCCAGCUAGAAACACUGCAAAAACAAAUUAUUUUAAAGCAUUUUUGGUCUAGUUUCUAUGUGAAAUAAUCUGCCAGUAAAACCAUUAUUAAGAAAGUUCAGCCUUAAAACAAGCUCCUAUAUUUCCAAUUUGUAGGAGUGCAUUCACUGCACUAGAACCUAGAACAAAAAUACUUUUAAGAUUUUGUGUUUUUGCAGUGCAUUCACUUAAAGUUUUUUUUUUUUUUUACAGUGGUUGGUCUUUUAUAGACAAUAUAUUCUUAUAUCAAACAGGGUACAUAAUAUGGAGCAAUAAUUGGAUAAUUUAGAUUAUUUAGGGGCAUUGACAAUCUCAAAUUCUUAUAGUAGAUGAACUUUGUUGAUCUACUGACACUAAAAUGUUAAAUAAAAUUGUCAUUAUUUAGUUGCUGUUAUUUCAGCCUGCUUGUUUCUACCUAACAGAGUUUGCCAACUGUAGUUUUAAAACACCAAUUCUAACAAGCAGUGUCUCUUUAGAUUCUCCCUGCUUCUCCGUUUUUAUGCCGGGGUUUGGGAUCUGAAACAUUUGUCUUUGUAAAUGCGGGAUAAUUGUGGUGUGUGUCGUUCAGCCAGCUGACCAGCAUUUGUGGAGGUGCAGCUCUGCAAAUCGUCAGUCCAGUUCAGUACUUUCUCUGCAAUUUAAUGAUUUGAAACCUCGAUUUAAUCAGAGACCAGCCCAUGCCGACUGCAUAGAUUAAACGGUUUAAAUGCAGUUUGUCACGUCUUGAAGCGUAAUGUUCUACGGGCACGGUGAACAUUGAAACAUUUUCUUUCUGUACUGCAAGAACAACGAAAUGGCAUUUCAGUGUAUUUUGUUUUCCAAGAGGUAAAAUUUAAAUUAAAGACAACAUGCAAAAUGUUUGAAAUGACCAUCAGACACCGUAUAAGAUGUGUAUAAAAACUGAAUGUUUAUUUUCUUUCUGAGUCAAAUAAGUGGCAGAUUCUCAUGAUUAUGUAAAUUAUUUUUAUUUCAGCUUCCUGAGUGUGUUGUAAUAGAGCAUGUCCCCGUGGUUCCUCUUUAAAACAAUAGCCUACAAAAACACAGUCGUACCAAGUAUUUUUGGUGUAGUUUCCAGUGCAUUCAUCUUAGUACACUUAAAGUAAGAGUAAACUAACUUACAUGCAACUUUUCAGCAGGAUAUAGGAGGUUUAAAUUAUUGUUUUGAGUCAAUAAUUCCUUAAUAUUGAUUCAAAAAAUAGUUCUACUGGCACUUAUAAAAUAGGAAAAAUGUCUUGUUAGAGGUGAAAUAAUCUGUAGUGAAGUAAUUUAAUUAAAUUAACUUACAACAAGCUCCUACAUCUUCCUGAAAUAUUACUUGUAAGUUAGUUGUGCCUCAAGAUAUUUUCUCUAUACUACACCAAAAAUACUUGGUAAGACUUUGUGUUUCUGCACUGCAAAAACCCCUCAUGUGAACAUUCAACAAAGAAUAAAAGAGUGGUAUGUCUCAAAGUUUGCCAAGAUUUGAUUUGUUGUGGUCAAAAUCGCAAGGAAAUAUAGAUUUUACUUCCAAGUAUGCUUUUACUCAAACAUUUAUCAGGGCCACUGUGGGAGUCGUGGGAGUAAUUUCCCCUCUCCUUUCCUUUUUGUCCAGUCCAGGGACUGGCUGGUGUUGAAGUGCAUUAAAAACCUGUGGGUGAGGGGGGAGGAGCUGAAUUGAUUAGCUGCUCCCCUCGGUAUUGGCCAGUUCGGGACAACCGGGGGGGGCUCCGUCGCCGCGGAGCGUGAAUGCGGGGCGGUCAGAAGUCACCGAAAGGUUGCAGGGUCACUGCCAAUGAAAAGAUGAGCAGGAAGGAGCGGCUUGCGUGGGGGGAGUGGGGAGGGUGGUAGCUGAAUCUGCAGCCCGGCUCGGCAACAAAAGACGAGUCACACCCUGCUGAAAAUGGGGCUCUUUACGCCUUCCCACCUGGCCGAGGCAUCUCUGAGCCAAGCGCCAAUGAGGCUCGGUGGUAAACUGACCCAUGUCUAGACAAGAAGAGGGGCCGCAAACGACGCUGCUGUGUUGGACGUGAUGCGACACGCCCUCUGCUUGGCCUUUCAAGCUCCUUGCCUCGAGGGCCUCUUAGCAUGUCUGUGUAUCUACGUGUGUGUGUGUGUACGUGUCCGUAGAUAUGCAGAUAUUCAUCUAAAUAUGAAUGCACAUUUCCAAUCAAAAUGCGCAUCUUUUCCUUCCAUUUAGCAGCACUUUGCAGCGUGGCUCCACUUGUCUUUGAUGUUUUUACAAUGUUUGUCCAGUUGCGUUGCUCGCGGUGUUGCUUCAUAAAAGUUUCCGACCCAGGACGGCCAUGGGGGCGGUCAGAGAGGAUGGGAGGGGGGGGUGCCCUUUCCACCUCCAUUCACACUCUGAAAGGCUGCAGCCGUCUCUCUCUCUCUCUCUCUCUCUCUCUCUCUCAUUGUGGAUAGCUGGUUGCGUCCUUCGUUCGUUUCCGAAGGUGAAUUUUGCUCUUUGUUGCUCCAGACCUUGAGUAUUAAGGGGGCGGGGGGGAUAUUUUAAAGUAGGCAAUUAGCAUGCGCUCGUGCGAAUAUUCAUUAAACAUCACGGGCUGUAAAACUGGAACUUGGUCGGUUUUUCUAAAGCAUACAGACAUAUUUAACAAUCUAUUAUUUGAGACCCGAAGGAGGGAUGGAAUUACUCGUUCAAGGGAGCAAAAAUGUCUGAGAUCCUUCUCCAACUUUUUCAAGUCAGGCAUUCAAAGGACAAAAGGUGGCAAAGCAAACCGCCCUUCAGAUGGACACGCGUGUUUUUGUUGGUGUUCUUGAUUUGCGAUUUUCUCGACUUUUCCUUGACUGCCAGCGUGACGGGAGCCACGGCUGAGCACGAAGGGUUUUGUCCCAACAAGCUCAACAACAAUCUUUGGGUUGAUGCACAGAGCACCUGCGAGAGGGAAUGCAGCUUGGAUGAGGACUGCGCUGAACACGAGAAAUGUUGCACCAAUGUCUGCGGCCUCAACAGUUGUGUUUCUGCACGUUUCUCCGACGGCACGCCUGCUCAGCCAGAUGGUAAGGAAGGAGGAGGCAACGGAGACGCUGCCCCUGCCUCCACGGCUACCUGUGAGGGCUUCAUCUGCAGCCAGCAGGGGGCAACCUGUGACAUUUGGGAUGGACAACCUAUCUGCAAAUGCCAGGACCGCUGUGAGAAAGAACCCUAUUUCACCUGUGCGUCAGACGGCCUCACCUACUUCAACCGCUGUUACAUGGAUGCAGAAGCCUGUAUCCGGGGAGUGACUUUGACUGUGAUUCCUUGUCGCUUCUACCUCGCUGGUCCUCACACCAGUCCGUUGCCUCUUGAUACUACAGCUUCUCCAACCCCAACAUCCUCCCAGGAGGACCCCAUGCCCCCCACACUGUACUCAAACCCUCACCACCAGUCAAUUUAUGUUGGGGGCACCGUUAGCUUCCACUGUGAUGUGAUUGGAGUCCCCAGACCAGACGUGACCUGGGAGAAGCAGAGUGAAAGACGUGAGCGGCUAGUCAUGAGGCCGGACCAGAUGUAUGGCAAUGUAGUUAUCACAAACAUUGGUCAGCUAGUGGUUUACAAUGCCCAGGUCUGGGAUACAGGCAUAUACACAUGCAUUGCAAGAAACUCUGUAGGAGUUCUCCAAGCGGAUUACCCCUUGUCUGUUAUUCGCCGAGCUGAUGAUGAGUUUUCCGAAGAUCCCGAGUUGCCUAUGGGACGGCCGUUUUCUCCAGCCGAUUGCCUUGCUGAAGUCGACACUAGAGUGUGCAGUGGGGAGCGUCAUGUAGACUGGUAUUAUGACAGCAAGCUGGGCUCCUGCGUGACUUUCAGCAGUGGCGGGUGCGACGACAGUCGCAACCGUUUUGAGACGUACGAGGAGUGCAAAGCGUCCUGUCAGAGAGAGGGGAUGGGAAUCUGCUCCCUGCCGGCGGUUCAGGGUCCCUGCAAAAACUGGGAGGCACGUUGGGCCUGGAAUUCCUUAAUGAAACAAUGCCAGCCCUUUGCCUACGGAGGAUGCCAGGGAAAUGCAAACAGCUUUGCCACCAAAAAGGAGUGCGAGGCAAACUGUCCACAGCCCAAACGGAAACCGUGCAGAACUUGUCGGAUGAGGGGGAAAAUGAUGCCCACCCUGUGCCGCAGUGACUUCGCCAUCGUCGGCCGGUUGACUGAGCUCAUUGAGGACCUCGACUCCGGUUUGGCUCACUUUAGUCUGGAUGAAGUCCUACGGGACGAAAAGAUGGGCCUGACUUUCUUCAACACCAAAAACCUAGAAGUGACCAUAGUCAAGAUUGACUGGAGCUGUCCCUGUCCCAACAUCACCAUGGAGGAGAACCCCUUACUGGUGAUGGGAAUGGUGCAGGACGGCAUGGCCAUCAUCCAGCCGGACAGCUACGUCAAAGCCAUACCUGAACGCAGGCUCCGCAGGCUUCGUGAUGCCAUCAAUAAAAACACAUGUGAAACACUGUGAAGCUUGCUGGGACACAAUGGUACGUUUAAUUAUUUUCACAAAUAAGUGACUACAGCCAUUUUAUUUAAGUACGGAAGAUCAGUUGUUUAUAUUCAGUCCAACAAAGGUUUUUAUGACAUUUAAGAUAUUGUGAGACAGUUUAUACAGAAUUAAAAUGCUAUUUUAUGACACGUUGUAAUUUCUAAUGGCAAAUGAAAAAAAAAUCAGCUAAAAUAGCUGCUAACCAAAUUAAUCAUGUUGAGUAAAAUCCAGUAAGUAAUAUUUAAAAUAGGUCACUGUUGUAUGACUGUACUUUAUUUGAUGUGCUCUUAAAAACGUUUUUGUGUGUAUUGCCCCUCAAGUCAUGUACUGUGUAUUCUAGGUUAUCUACCUCUAAAAAGCACUUAUGCUUAGUUACUAAUAUAACAUUUGUCUUUCCUAGGAUGAUAAAAA